GCUUUAUAGCAUUGCCAUUGUUUUAUUCACCUCAUCUCCACCUGGGCAAUACAAAACCGUUGUGUAGCAAAAUUAGUAUAACUCCUAGGCUCCUAUCAAAUAUUAAUGGGCACAGCGUCAUGGCGAGCUCGUUCAAAAUGUAUAAUUCCAGCAGUGCUCCUUGUUGCCGGGCGCUGUGUCAAAAACAAUUUUCGAGAUCAUUUUGGAGGAUGCGCAGGGGGCGAAAAGAUUAGACAUUUUUUCGUGCAAGGACUCGCCAGGCGGAUCUCAUAUCUGAUUUCACGAGUUUAGUGACAGCCGAGGUUGAAUAAAUGAUUCAAAAUGCCAGUCAGUUUAGAUAGACAUUAAGAGUACCUAUAUCAAUGCAGAAAAGAAAAACAGUUGUGUUCAUGUGUAGUCAUACAGUUAGGUUCACCACAAAAGACAAAAGUGAUAUAGAUUAAAUAACGUUUAUGCAAUCAAAUAUGCAUUAUUUAUAUUUAAUUAAUAAUUAAUAACGGCCACAUUAAUAAUUGUUACGUUUUAAAUUUAAGUAUGCCAGCCGAGUAAUGUAAGUAUCAGCAUUAAAAUCCUGGAGAAAAAACAUUUAAAUGUCCAUAAAGUAAAUUCAGAUAAUUGUAUAUAAAUUUAUUUUGCGUUUUGAUAAUUAAUUAAUAGGCCUGUGUAUAUGACGGGAUAUGGAAAUGCUUGUUGGCCUUUUUUCGUUUAUCAAACAGUAUUCCUAUAGUUCAUCACUAGCAAAUUUCCUUAGUCUUUGGAUUGGAUGUCGGCCAUAUUGUCCUAUUUCAUCCAAAUGUACAUUAACAAGAUGGAGCAAUGUAUAAACUAUGCUGCUGUUUCGCAAUUACAUUUUCAAAACUUCUAUCAUUUUGACUAAUUUAAAGCAAACUUUACCACACUUGAUCGAGCAAGACAUAAGCGAAAGACAAUUCAAUUUUGAAAAAUAUUUGUUAAUCAUAAUACUAAAGAAAUGUCGGUAUGGCUAACUUAGAUAACGCACCCCAUUUUCUGGGGAAUGUUAAAUAUAUUCUGUAAAUAAAGAUACAUAAAAGAAAUGUCGUGUGUUUGUACCACUAUACGAUCAUAGUGUCGAUCAUGUUUUGGCAAUCACUAAACGAUCACAGUGAAUACAAAACUAUCACUAAGCAUGGUGGCUAAAUGCAAUCAUGUUUUUGGUCCCAUACGGAUUUUUUAAGCCUUUUUGUCUCUCAUUCAAUUCGUCAUUUUAUUAGGCCAACAGUAGCAGUUAUAUGUAGCUACGAUUUAUUUUCUGUUAGCUAAGGUGAGUUUUAAAGGUGUAUCCCCUGUCUCCUAAUGCACGAAUAAUUACCCAUUUGGAAAUAAAUCAAUAUCAAACCUCUCUCUAAUUCAUAACGGUCUACACAGAGCAACGAUUGAAAGCACAUGAAAAACGAGCAGAGAAACGCUAUCCAGAGGCAACAUGCUGGAUUUUCAUCCAUUUGAGGAGCAUGUGGGAGCGCGAUAAGAGAAUUCAGCCGGAAAUGUUCGAGCCAGCUUCUGCCUUUUUAUGCAGUGGCUAAGAAUAGCAUGGAUACUAUCAUCAGACUUUUAAAUAGUUAUAACUGGAAUUCCGUCUAUGUCUGCUCGGUGUGUGUGAGCGCACGCGCCUGUUGUUUUCUGCUAUCUCUGCGUGGGUAGUGGACAACCUAGCACACAAAAGCAUCGAUGAACGAAAGCCAAGUGCAGUGACUUGAAGGUUUGCAGUUUAAGGCUAGUAAAUGCAGGCAAUAGGCAUUAAGGCAAAGCUUGCAAAACAAAACCGACUGAAGCUACCACAUGAAAGACUGCGCAAGCUUAUUUUUGCAAACUCGAGAGAAAAAGUAUGCUUUUCCUAUUCACUGGAAUUUAGCAUCGUUCCCUUAAAAUGAAAAAAGGAGACAAGAAACGUGUUGGAUGUCGACAGGGAAGGGAACAAUUAUCGGAAUGAGGUUGACCGUGUUCGCCCUCGCCGAAGCCUGCAGGUUGCAAUAACCAUAUGGCCCAUGUGUUGGCCCCGUAGCCGUGCAGUCCCCUAUUGGACAAACGAACCCCGUUGGCUUCUCCACCCUGUGUGUCUUGUCAGUCCACUGGUUCACUAGUUCACCGUGUCAAUCCACCCUACUCCGAGCAAGCAGCAAGAGGCGAACAUACAGCUUGAGGCUAGAGGUGGAAUCUUUCGCCUGCUGUUGAGCGGUGCUCCAGAGCAGCCACACGCCAAGACUCAGAGCCUGGGGUUCGGCUGAAGGAAAAACGAGCUCCCGGAGUAUUGGGGUUGUGGACGCCUCAGCAUUAUCUGCGCGCGCAUUAGCAGUUCCCAACGCGCCCAUGAACGCUCUUAUCCACAAAGUAGAGUCUUUUUGUUUUAUGCAAACGUUUAAAUCGAUAAGGAAGCUAUAAAACGUUACCUUCUCGCAUCGAACAAACAUUUAUAUACAUCUAUAAAAACAAUCCAUGUAUGGCAGUCAAUCUGUUCCGUCGUUUUGCGUAGAUAUUCCAAAAACAAAGACCCAUCUUCAGCGGAGAGAUCGGGAGGAAUGCUGGAUGUCAGUUCCUUCCCGUUAUCAAGAAGUUGUAUCCUUGCAUAAAAUCUAGAAGUGAUAAAGGACAAUAUCUCGGUCAGCUUUCAAGAGGCCAUUGGAAAGAGACCGUCACGUGACAUCUAGUGCCAAUGUUCUUCCAGAAGGUCGUCAGGACCCUGGUAGCCGGUAACUCGAUUUUUGGAAAUGCAGAAAACGACCUACUACGACAACUCGACACUUUUCGGAGGAUACUCGUACCAGGGGGCAAAUGGUUUUGGCUAUGAUGCCCCGGCACCAAUCUUCCAGAACUCAGCACAUCUUGAGGGUGACUACCAAAGGUCUGCAUGCUCCCUACAGUCGCUCGGCACCAGCGCACCCCCACAGCCUCAGCAUGCCAAGACGAAAGAGCUUAAUGGCAGCUGCAUGCGGCCCAGUCUGCCACCUGAACACCCCCCACCCCCCCAGGUUUCCCCUCCUCAGAACGCUGUAAAUGUUGCUGCCUCAAGUGCCACCCAGCAGCCAGGUGGUAGCAGUGGUGGUGGGGCUGGCAGCGGGGGCACAGCCAAAUCAUCAUCCAAGUCGUCUUCUCUGGCCACAAACCCAGCUCUCACAAAGCAAAUCUUUCCUUGGAUGAAGGAGUCACGUCAGAACACCAAGCAAAAAAACAGCUCCCCUAGUGCAAGCUCAGCUAACGCGGAGAGCAGCGGUGGUGAGAAAAGCCCUCCGGGUUCUGCAGCUUCCAAGAGAGCACGCACUGCUUACACCAGCGCUCAGCUGGUGGAGCUCGAGAAGGAGUUUCACUUCAACCGAUACCUGUGCCGGCCGAGGCGCGUGGAGAUGGCCAAUCUGCUCAACCUUAGUGAGCGGCAGAUCAAGAUUUGGUUCCAGAACAGGAGGAUGAAGUACAAGAAGGAUCAAAAGUUGAAAGGCAUUGGCUCGUCCUCAGGGGGGCCAUCCCCCACAGGAAGCCCACCUCUCCCAAUGCAGUCCUCAGCUGGUUUCAUGAACUCUAUGCACUCAAUGGGCAGUUAUGAUGCUCCCUCCCCACCAUCUUUUAACAAGCCCCAUCAAAAUGCAUACGCCAUGUCAACAGCCUAUCAGAACCCAAUGAAAGGUUGCCCACCCCAACAGAAGUAUGGAAACACUGCACCGGAUUAUGACCCACACGGGCUACAGGGUAACAGUGGCACCUAUGGGACACCAAACAUGCAGGGUAGCCCCGUGUAUGUGGGAGGUAGCUAUGUUGAUGCCAUGCCUGCCACUGGGCCUUCUAUGUAUGGCCUCAAUCACCUACCACACCACCAGUCGGCAAGCAUGGACUACAACGGUGCCACACAGAUGUCGGCGAACCAGCACCAUGGACCUUGUGACCCACAUCCGUCAUACACGGAUCUGUCUGCGCACCAUCCUUCUCAGGGUAGAAUCCAAGAAGCACCCAAGUUGACUCAUCUGUAGCAGGUUUGGACAAAAAAAUAAAUAAAAAAAAACAGAAAAAAA